AACGCCUUUUUUUAUUACCGAGUACAUAUAAAUAUACAGUCAUUUAAAAUAAUAAGGAAUCCAUCAUGAAGUGGUUGACUUUAAUUGCUGUCGCUUGUUUAGUGAGUGCACAACAACAAGAUAAUGGUUAUUUUCAUUUAAAUGAACAUCAUUUGAUAUAUAAUAAAGAGCCUAAACAUAUCUUGAUUGCUACCCAUAUUGGUGGUUCUUCUCAUACAAGAUGGGUAUUAGAGAUAGGCAGGAUCUUGGCUGAUCGAGGUCAUCAUAUUACCUAUGUUACAAGAGACGAUCAAGUCCAUCUUGGUCAAGCGUAUCCUGAAAUCACAACUGUUUCAACAGGUGGUCCUGUCUAUACCACCGAUAUCUUGACAGCCACGAAAGGCUUCAACUUUUAUCAGAUUACCAAAGUGGUCCGUCAAUUCUUAAACAAGGCCUAUGGUACAGAUAUCCAAUUCUAUCAACAACUGGACAAAAAACCAGACUAUUUUAUCUGUGAUGCGUUCAAUGAUCCAUGCAUUGAUACGGCUGUUCAAUUCAAGGUUCCUUUUGCUAUUACAUGUACUGGCAUGCUAUACCAAGAUAUCAAUGUGCCUUAUAUCAAUGGGCUAGGAACGACUCACCAUGCUACAUCUGAGCAUAUGACACUUUGGGAGCGAUUCCAGCAUAAAUAUGUGGAUCUCAUCAAGACACUAUGGUAUAUCUAUCCUGAAUUAAAAGAACUAGACCAGUAUCGUCAAGCGUAUGGCAUGACAUCUUUAGGCCUCAAUCGGUUCAAACAAUGGGAUAACGGACUCAAGUUGAUCAAUACCUAUUUUGGCUUCUUUCCUCCACAGAUCAUGAGCCCAUUAACACAUAUGAUAGGACCAGUGAUUACAGCCAGACAGAGGACUUUAUCUGAACAAGAAGCCGUGUUUCUCAACACACAUAAGCGUGUGGCCUAUGUAGCUUUUGGACAAAUCAUAAAACCCAGUAAGCAUGAAAUUGAAUUGUUGUUCAGUGGACUCUUGGAUCAAAUGGAGCACCAACGAUUGGAUGGUAUAUUGUGGGUAGGACUCAAGAAACAAAUUCAAACACUAGAGGCAGAGGAUCCUCUUCUUGUCUGGCAAUUCAAUACCACACAGUCUGGUCAUGUUAUCCAACCACCUCUUUUGAGCCAUGCCUUGUUUCAACGCCAUGUCUUUAUGCCUCCAUGGGCUAGUCAAUUCUCAGUACUCCAGCACAGUGCUACUGUUCUGUUUGUCAGUCAUGGAGGAGCAGAAAGUGCUAAUGAGGCUACGUUUAAUGGUGUUCCUAUCCUGGUUCAUCCUUAUGUGGGUGAUCAGCGUCUUGUUGGACGUGCCUUGACGUUGGCUGGUGUUGCACGCACGCAUGAACGUGCUGACUGUACUUUUGAGCUACUAAGACAGCAUAUGAAUGAACUCUUGGUGGAUGAAGAUGGUAGUGUAGGCAGAAAUCUGACACGUAUGAAGACAUUGGCUCAGAUUGGAUCAAAGAGAAAGACAUUUGCAGCCGAUUUAGUAGCUAAAGAGGGUAUAUCCGAACAUCGCCAUGAACCUUCUCGAAACAUGUCUAAAAUCAAAGCCAUGGAUAUUGAUUUACAUGCUGCAAAAGGCGACGAAGAAGCACCCCUUUUGAUCAACCAAGAGGCUCCAGAUACUCCUGUACAGAGGCCUACGCCUUCUCGUUCUUUCUCACAGCGCGCUCCUCAAUACAACACUUUUAAUGAAAAGAUCAAUCGCACCACCAAACCCAAACAGCCCAUGCGUACCACCAAGAUAUCUCAAAAACUCAAACUGUUUCCUGAAGAUGAGACGAUCCUGACUGAAGAAGAAGACAACGAUGUCUAUACACAGAUAGCCAAGAUUCCACAUGGUAUGGAACGACAAGAGGCAGAAAUGUUGAACAAAAUGGAUCGUUCUGAACUGUCUCGAAUGACGGCUUAUUGCACAGCUUCUGCGUAUCAUAUGGAUAAAGUCUUCAAGUUCUUACAGAGUAAGAAGACGACCAGUGGCACAGCUCCUCGACGAUUUGAUGAGUGUGUCUAUACACCUUAUGCUUUUACUUAUCCUGUUGCACCACCUACAAAUGGAUAUGUUAAGGCACAAAAGUUGCCUGAAAUGUUCUUGUUUGACUACGGUGUUGUUGUCUUUUGGGGCAUGACACUGAAAGAAGAACAAAAGAUACUGAAAUCACUUGUAAAUUUUGAAGAAGAAAAACUAGAGGUAGAUGAUGUUGAGACAGAAGAAUUUCAUUACUAUUAUAAUGAGACCUAUCAACCACGCAUUUACAAUGAUAUUAUCACACUGCGACAUCCUUCGAAUUAUCUGAUCAAACUGACUAUUUCUCAUGCCAUUGCUCAGAGUGUCAAAAUGACCUUGUUUGAACGGUUGAUUGAUGAUACGAUUAAUGAGACAAAAUACAUUCCUCAAGUCAUGGCUGAGAGUGGUAAUAUUCAUAUGUCAAGAACAGCCAUUACAAAGAAGAUUGGUGAAUUAUUUAUUAUGCGUAUUAAUGUCAACUUGGUCUCCAAUAUUCUGGACACACCCGAAAUCUUUUGGUCAGAACCUACACUUGAACCAUUAUACAGUGCAAUACGCGGUUAUCUGGAAAUUGAACAGCGUGUGCAGUUAUUGAAUCAGCGUGUUGAAGUUAUCAGUGAUUUAUUAGAAAUGCUUAAAGACCAUCUCAACAGUUCCCAUGGCGAGGCUUUAGAAUGGAUUGUGAUUUGGCUUAUUGGCUUGGAAAUCUUGGUGGCUGUGAUUACAACUUCAUUAGAUGCCUUUAGUUUGUAUUACAAUAAGAAUUAA